AAAAUGAAUGCAACAACUAUUUGCCUUAUCUUUUGCAUCAAGUUUUUAACAAUAUUGGCAAGUGAAGUAAACGAUGAAAAUUGUGAUAAUGUGGAAUCAAAAUGUACAAAUCGAGAUCCACGCAUAUCGAUCUAUCAACAAUGCAUGAUAUACAAGGAAGAAUGGUCGUUGUAUUGCAAUUAUUCUCAAUUUGAAAGAAUCCCCGAUCCCGAUGGCAUAGUAAAUUAUAUGUCUUGCAGUAACGUAACUUCACUCUUCGUUGACGACAGUUGCGUGAAAAAUAUUAAAAGAGAUGAUAUGAAAAAGUAUUUCAACAUUGAAGUUUUCCUUUCCGGUAGAAAUUAUAUAAAACAACUACCUGGAAAACUAUUUUCACGAAACAAAAAGUUGAAAAAAGUUGAUUUUUGUGGAAAUCAAAUCAGUGAAAUCGACCCUACAGCUUUUUCUGGUUUACAUAGUCUUGAAACGCUGAAUCUUGCUAGCAACAAAUUAACACAUAUUCCGGAUUCUGUGUUUUAUGACUUGGAUUUUCUGAUUGAACUUUCAUUUCAUAGAAACAAGAUCUCUGUUCUACAUUCCGAAAUUUUUCGAGGAUUGAAACAUUUAAAAAUUUUAAAAUUAACAGCAAAUAGAAUCGGUUUUAUUGAUCAGCGAGCAUUUGACGGACUCUGGAGUUUAACUCAUUUACAUCUUGAUGAAAAUAGAUUGACUUAUGUUGAUGCGAAAGUAUUUAUGAAACUGAAAAAUCUGCAAGUUUUAACUAUGUCUUACAACAAAAUAAUGAACUGGAAUGAGGGGAAUGGGAAAUAUUUGAUGAAUCUUUAUACUCUUGAUCUUGCAUUCAACUGGAUUUCAAAUUUUCAAGCAAGUCAUUUGACAAAUAUGACAAAAUUACAAAAUCUUUCACUGGAAAACAAUUCUUUGCUUUCUUUAUCUGAUGAUGUGUUUUUGGGAUCACCUGAUAUUAGAUAUCUUAAUUUUGCUGACAAUUAUCUGACAACCAUAGAAAAACAUACUUUUUCCUAUUUGUGCCACUUGGAAACUUUAGUACUGCGCAAUAACAGAUUGAAAACGCCAGAAGUUGGAUGGUUCACAACCAUUGUUAAAAAUGACUUUGUUUUCGGGAAUGAUCUUAGUGGUAAUCCCUGGGAGUGUGAUUGUGAUGUUGUUACAUAUGUGAAUUCUCUACAAAAACUUGAAAACGAAGGAAAAAAAAAUCACAGUUUUCCAUCGUGGUCGGAAAAAUUGGGAAUUACUUGUUCAUCCCCUAAACAACUACAGAAUCGCAAACUCAACAAUUUUGUUGCGAAAGAAAUCAUUUCGGAAAAGGAAUGUCAAGUUCAGAAUAUUCCAAAUUUGCAUCCAUGUACAGCAACGCCAGUUCAGCAAGUAUUCAAACGAAUUGAUGUCACAUACCAAUACACACCUACUCUCGAGUUAAUAGAUGCAAGGAAAAGGAUCGAUGCUUUGACACGAUCCAAUACAUCCGAUGAAAAUUCAAACUCAUUUAUGACGUCAGAAGUGCCAAACAACUUAAUUCUAAAAGAACAGAUAAUAACUUCCGCCAUUUGGGUAGUAGUUGUGAUUAUGUUAAUAUUUAUGAUUUUAUUACUUUGGAAAGGAGGAUUUUUAAAUUUAAAAGAACGUGGUGCCAAAAAUUCAAAGUUUAACAGAGAAGAAGAUAAACUGAUUGCCUUGAAAAUAAUUUCGCCGUCUGGUACAAAUAAUGGGACUGGCAACUCUCGUUGGGCAGCUCAAAAUCAGACUUUUGAUAUGGAAGAUCGAAACUCGCAUACAACGAAUCCAAUGGUAGGUAACGAUGAAACUCUCGAUUUAAGAUUAGCAAAUGGUAAUUAUAACAGCAACAAUAAUAUAUAUUAUCAAAGUAUGUGUCCCGACACAGAUGAAAUUUAAAUCUGUUGAUAUACAAAUAACAAGAUGAAAUAUUGGACAAGCCUCGCAAUUUUUAAGAAUUAUAAAAAAAUCAAAUACUUUCGAUUCUUAUUAGAGAUACAUAUGAUAGUUUAGGUUCUAAACAUUUUUAUCUGAUCCACGGCAAAAAUUGCUUUCUUAACUCUUAUUUCUUCUCCAAAUCUUUGAAUGGAUUAUGUCGAACGAAAUCGAUGAUGAAAUCGAUUCUUAUCUAAAAUGAGGCAUCGGUAUUGAGAUGCAAGCCCCAAUUCACGCUGAAAUGUAUUUUAUUGUUAUUCUACUUCACUCUGUAUGUACACUUUACAUUUUAACAUUUACGUUAUGUGACAAAACGAACUGACUAUAUGAUUUGGAAACGGCGAACAAAUUUUUUUUUAAAGCUAUAGUGUAAGACAAAUUUAAAUACAAAUGCUUCGUUGUGAUAUGUUAGACUGCAUUGAUGUUAAAAUGUAAUCAAACACAGAGAUGAA